GUGAGGAAACAAGAUACUCCCCAAUAGAGAAAGCCGCUCUGGCGCUGGUAAGCGCAUCACAGAAGUUGCGCCCCUAUUUCCAAGCGCACCAAAUCACCGUCCUGACCAACCUCUCGCUGAAAAAGAUUCUACCCUCAAUGGAAGUAUCCGGGCGGAUGGUUAAGUGGGCGGUUGAGCUGUCAGAAUAUGACAUUCAAUACGCGUCAAGACCAGCAAUAAAGGCGCAGAUCCUAGCGGACUUCAUCGCCAAAGGGGUCACCCUCGAGACAACACCGGAAAGAGUAUGGGAGGUCUACGUAGACGGGGCGGCAAGCAAACACGGCGCUGGCGCGGGUGUCGUCGUGCGCACCCCCACAGGCGUCACUCAUGAAAUAGCAAUCAGGUUCAGAACUUUGAAGACAAAUAACGCGGCCGAAUAUGAAGCCAUCCUGGCAGGAAUGACCGCCGGCAAUGACUUGGGCGCUAGAAUGAUCAGAGUGCUCUCCGACUCCUCACUCGCUGUGAACCAACUGAACGGAACCUUCGAUGCAAAAGAGGACACGCUCGCGCAUUACAUGGAGCGCGUCAAACAACGAGCGAAUACCUUCAAAGAAGUGACCUAUGUGCAAAUACCAAGGGAAGAAAACAUACACGCGGACGCGCUAUCAAAGCUGGCAACCGCCACCGACUUUUAGUCAACGCACCUAGUGUCAGUUCAAAAAGAGGAAGAGGAAGUCCUUCAAGAAGCCGUGGUUAACACCACACAGACAGCACAAGACGAGGACUGGAGGAACCCGAUUACGAAGUACUUACAAGACGGGGCAGUGCCCGAGGAUGCUAAAGAGGCGUGGGCUUUAAGGCAGAAGGCGGCCAGAUGCACGCUUAUUGACCGAAAACUCUACCACAGGUCGUACUCCGGCGCGUACCUAAAAUGCAUCGGGCAAGAAGAGGCGCGCAACGUGAUACAUGAUCUUCACGAAGGAUUGUGCGCAAUGCAUGCCGGCGCGCGUAGCAUGGAACGCACUAUACUACUGCACCGAUACUACUGGCCGCGAGUGAAAAAGGACACAAAAAAUACGUCGACCAGUG